UUCUCUGGAUAGGAAACACCGUUUAUUUGGUGCUGACAUUAGCCAGAGAAAUGGCGGAAUAUUCGCACGUAAAAUCGACCAAACUGGUUUUAAAAGGUCAUAAUAAAGGGAAAAAGAAGAAAAACAAAGAUAAGAAAAGGAAAGCUGCAGAUGAAGAGGACAAGCUUGAUGUUGUUGGUGGUUGGUGGUCUGUAAGUACGUUUGGAGAAAUUACAGGAACAGUUGCCAUAGAGAUGCAGAACAACUCGUACAUCCAUGCCCUGGAUACUGGUCUCUUUACACUUGGCGCACCACACAAAGAUGAUGAAGGACCAGACCCUCCAGAACAGUUUACUGCCAUCAAGCUCUCAGACACACGGAUAGCCUUGAAGUCUGGCUAUGGAAAAUACUUUGGCAUCAACUCUGAGGGUUUGGUGGUGGGGCGCUCUGAUGCCAUUGGCUCCAGGGAACAAUGGGAACCAGUCUUCCAGGAUGGCAAAAUGGCCCUCCUGGCAGCAAAUAGCUGUUUCAUUUCCUACAGUGACAACGGGGACAUCGUGGCCAAGAGCAAGACAGCAGGGGAUAGCGAGAUGGUGAAGAUCCGAGCCUGUGCAGAACGAGAGGUCAAGCGUAAAGAUGACAUUGCAGAUGAGGACAGGGGCAGCGUGAAGUCCUGUGAGAUCAAUUAUGUGAAGAAGUUUCAGAGUUUUCAAGAUCGACGGCUCAGGGUUAACGAGGAAGACGCCUCCACAUUAAAGAAAGCCAGGACGGAUGGAAAAUUUCACGAAGCUUUGCUCGACAGGCGAAGCAAAAUGAAAGCGGACAGGUACUGCAAGUGAAGACUGUGGAUUGCUGUCAUGUGAUUGUAAAUGUUUUUGUGGUCAUCUUACAUGGGUUUAUGACUGUUUUGAUUAUAUAUUUUGAAUAAACAUUUAAUGUUUUUGUUUU